GGGUUGCUGUGACAUUGGACAGGGGGGAGGGGCGUGGCCGCUGCCCCUCGGAGCACGGAAGGAGAGUGGGGAGGUGUCGCGGCCCGGCCCGGCCCGGCCCGUCGGCAGCGCCCGGCUGAGCGGGGACCGAGCGAGUGACGGAAGGCGACCCCGGCGACAGCGGGCCGGGCGCGGGCGGUCCGCAGCAUCUAGCGAAGAACAGCAGCCGGGGAGCCCCGGGGAGGGGCUGAACGGCUGCAGGGAUGAAGGACAGGCUUGCCGACCUGGCAGAGGGUAAAGGAAAUGAAGAUGGAGAGACAGUUAUUAUUGAAAAAGACCAUUUUAUGGAUGACUUCUUCCAACAGGUUGAGGAACUUAGAAAUAACAUAGCAAAAAUAGCACAAAAUGUGGAAGAAGUGAAGAAGCAGCACAGCAUUAUCCUGUCAGCACCAAAUCCUGAAGGAAGAACAAAGGAAGAACUUGAAGAAUUAAAUGAGGAAAUAAAGAGGAUUGCUAAUAAAGUCCGAGCCAGAUUAAAGGCUAUUGAACAAAGUUUUGAUCAGGGUGAAAAUACUAAUCGGACAUCAGUGGACCUCAGGAUAAGAAAAACACAGCACUCUGUAUUAGCUCACAAGUUUGUGGAGGUCAUGACGGAAUACAACGAGACUCAAACUCUCUUUCGAGAACGCAGCAAAGGUCGGAUACAGAGACAGUUAGAGAUAACUGGAAAGACCACCACUGAUGAGGAACUGGAAGAAAUGUUAGAGAGUGGUAAUCCUUCAAUUUUCACUUCUGAUAUCAUAUCGGACUCUCAAAUAACUAGGCAAGCUCUGAAUGAAAUUGAGUCACGUCACAAGGAUAUUAUGAAACUGGAAUCUAGCAUACGGGAACUACAUGAAAUGUUUAUGGACAUGGCAAUGUUUGUGGAGACUCAGGGUGAAAUGAUCAACAACAUAGAAAAGAAUGUGAUGAAUGCAACAGAUUAUGUGGAACAUGCAAAAGAAGAGACAAAAAAGGCAGUUAAAUAUCAAAGUAAAGCACGAAGGAAAAUGUGGAUAAUUAUCACUGUAUCAUUGGUGUUGAUUGCCAUAAUUGCUCUAAUUAUUGAAAUUGAUGUUCAUAAUUAUAUGUGUAGCUGUAUUGCUUCUGAUACUUGGAAUUAUCCUAGCAACAACAUUGUCAUAACAAGCACAUUCCAAGAAUUUAUGAACCUUCAGAAACUCCAAAAUACAUCUUCAGGAAAGCCAAACAUUUUUAAUAUAUGAUGCCUUACACUGUUCCACAAUGAUGACCUAUUACUAAUGGUUAAAAACAAAAUCACUUCAAAUGUUUACUCAUAAAUGAAUAUCAGAAUGUACUUGGAUAUGUAUGGAUUUUCACCAUAAACUAUACAUUUGUAGGACUGAAACUUAACUCUAAAUUGUUUUGAACUAAAGUAACUUAGGAUUUGUUUUCAUAUCUCAGGGUUACAGACAGUUUAAAUAGGGAAUGGAGAGACUUGUGUUCUGACAGUUUGGCUUUUUUCCUAGUGCUAACAUAAAUCUAAUAAUGAAUUUCAGUACCUUACUAGUGCUGCUUUUGUUAGAACUCUUGAAAAUAUUUUCAUGAGAUGUAGCCUUGUCUUUAAGUGUACUAAUUAUUUAGUAACCUUAACCUAUCUAAGCUUUAUACUUAACAGAAUUUUCUUCAAGUGCUAAAAUAUUUUAUCCUGAAAGGCUACUUGUUUAACUGCCUGUCGUAUUACACUUCAGAAGAAAAAGCUAUUUUUGCACUUUCCAAGUUGAGGUGUUACUUUCUCUUCCAACAUGACUAAGGUUAAUUGCUUUAAUUUAUUUCCUUGCCUUUAUAAUGAAAAUGGAAUUGUAACAUUUCUGGUAAAAGAAUGCAGUAAUGAAGUGCACCAGAUUUGGUCUUGAGCAGAAAGUUUUACAGAUAAUCUUUGUGCAAAGGAGAUUGAUGGAUCAGUUUAGCCUUAGUGUUCAUAUGACAAAAACCACACUUUUUCUCUAAAAGUCAAGAUUUCUUAUUCAGAAGCUUGCUAAUAUUGAUGUGUGAAUACAGAUAUAGGGAUAAACUCCCUCAGAACAGUCCGAGAUGUAAUACAAGCUAAGACACUGAUUUGUUAUGAAAUGUUUGUUAUAUAACAUAUAUGAAGUGUUUUAGCAUCUGUACACCAGUUGCAAUGCUAGCUUGCAAGACUUGAAAGCUUGAAAGACUUCAACUGUAACCAAAUAACUGCUUUUUGUUACAGGUUAUUUUUGUAUUUUGUGUGUAAAAUACUUGUGACUUGAAUUUUUGACUUCUCAUUGUUUAUGGAUAUCCAUGUAGAUAUGUAGAUACAUUUACACUGUAAAAGCAUUAGAGGAAAGUAUGUAUGCCUUUUUAAAACACAGUUUCUAAAGCUGUAUUUGUCCAUGUUAACUUCAAUAACGUGAUUCUAAAAGCAUAAAAUCCUUAAACCUAGGUUUUGUUGAUGGUGUCUGAGAUCAGAAUUACUAAGUAAACUUUAAUUCAGUCUGUUCACUUAAUGAAAUUGAGCAAAGUUUACAAUUUACAUUGUAUAUAUUAAUAUUCUUGCUUUGCUGUCCAAAUACACUGUGAAUGUGCUGGAGCUAUUCAGAUGUCAAACUGGUUUUUUGUUUUAAAAGAGAAAGACAGAAACAAACACAAUUAUUGAUCCUUUUGCCAAGUCAGCCAUAAAGAAGUCACCUAAAAAAUUUUUGGCUUCAAUAAUGAACAAAUUUCUUUACCUCUAAGUCCAGAACACUCACUGAUGUUUGAGAUGAAGUUUACAGGCAAAGUAAGGAAAGACUGCUUGCUUUAGUACUCAUUCUAGGGAAAAUAUAUUUUUAAUCUAUAAUUUUCUAGAUUUUUAUCAUAACUGUUAUUUAUACAGAGACACAAAUUAGAGCGUGGGGAUUGGAAAUCAGUUCUGCUGUUUAACAGCUGGUUACUCCAAAUCCCAUCAUGUUAAGUUUUAUUUAUAAUGUGAUAGCUUGCCCCUUAAAAGCAGAACUUUGAAUAGGCUACUCCAUACUUGUUAUGUAGCUGCCUCAAUGAGUUUGUUUUAAAACAAAACAAAACUUGUUUUUUGUUUCACAUGAACCUCUUGUUAAUAGUGGAGAGGAGUAAUUCUCUAACCUAUGCACUAAUAAAUUUGUCUAAGUA